AGAGCAACGGUCACAUUGCUAGCAUCGUAUGGUGAUGUGUUAAAACCGAAAUUUUGAAUACAAUCCACGGAGCCAGGAAGAUGAACUACAAUCCGAACGCGGGUAUGAUGCGGAACCGUAAGUGGGAGAACUCCACAGCUACCGGCCGCCCGAGGCCUGCGAAGCGUGUCAGUGAUGUGAACGCCAUGGGUCCCUCAGCUCCGAUGAUGGGUGGUGGUGCAACUUUCAUGGCCCCGCCAUCCGGUCCAGCCAUGCUGGAUCCCAAUAUGUACGGAGCUCCUGCUCCGGCGCCGGUUAACAGCUACGGCUUCGACCCGAAUCUCGGCCAGCCGCAGCAGCAGCCGCCACAACAGCAGCCAGGAUAUGGCUUCGGGGCACCUGCACCGCCUCAGCAGCCCACGGCACCUCCUGCUUUCGGAAUGGGAGCACCUCAGUCCGGAGCCGCACCCCUGCCAACCGGACAGUAUCCACAGUUCGCCAUGUUCCAGCAGCCCAUCGUCCAGGACAUGGCUAUGGAGUACGGCCAAAGGCUGGCGGAUCAGGGCAAGCAGCUGGUGGAGAACCAGUUCGAGAAGUGGGUACCUGUGGCUAAGCUCAAGUACUACUUUGCCGUGGACAACGCCUACGUGGGCAGGAAGCUGCGCCUACUCUUCUUCCCAUACGUCCACAAGGACUGGUCUCUGAGGUACGACCAAGAACACCCAGUGCAACCACGAUAUGAUGUCAACGCCCCGGAUCUCUAUCUGCCCACCAUGGGCUAUAUUACAUAUGUAAUCGUUGCUGGUCUGCUGCUGGGCAUGCAGAAGCGAUUCUCGCCGGAACAGUUGGGCAUCCAGGCCUCCAGCGCCAUGGCAUACAGCAUUUUCGAAUUGGUCAUCUACUCCAUAGCAUUGUACGUAAUGAAUGUUAAGACCAGCCUUAAAACGCUGGACCUGCUGGCCUUCACUGGCUACAAGUACGUUAAUAUAGUGGUCUGCCUGAUGGUCAGCACGUUGUUCUUCAAGUCUGGAUAUUAUAUAGCGCUGGCGUACACCAGCUUCUCUUUCGGCUUCUUUUUGCUCCGCACGCUGCGGACUAAAUUGUUGCAGGAUAACUCACCUGCAGCUCCCAGUGGAGCCAUCAACUACGACCCCUACGGAAAUCCACAACAACUCGACUACAGUGGCGGGAAAAAGCGGAAGCUGUACUUCCUGUUCAUGGUCGUGGUUGGACAGGCGCUGUUCGCCUUCCUGCUCUCCAAGCAUUUGUAUCUGCCAGAGGCAGAAGUGCUGGCGGUGCCCAAGACCUUCUAACCACCCUGAUUGAAAGGUUAAUUUGCAGGCUCCUUGAGGUAUCCGGGUUGUGGAACCGAAGAAAAGUCAUUUCCAGCAUGUUAAAUCCCCUCAGUAGUUCGUGGUUGGCGGUCGACUGAGAUUCGCGCAAUAGAAGCCUAGUUUUGUUAGUAACAAACACAUUUUAUAAAUAAAUACCAGCUGUAAAAACGAA